AUAGUAGCCAAUUUUUUAUUUUAUAUCAUAUUUCACUUAUUUACAAAUAAUACACAGUUUUACAGAAUAAUGUUCCAAAAUUAAAUUUAUGUAAGAAAAUUACAGUUGCUAGAUAACAUAAGAAUAAAUAACGAAACAUUUAAAGUUUUACUGUCGAAUAUAUUAUUGAUCAUGUCCCUUGAUAAUCGCGGACUCCUUUACGUGGAAAAACAACGCGCAUUCUUCAGAGUAGCCAUAUCAACUGAACCAAGUAAAAGCAUAUAUUAUUGUCUGAUGAUCCGUCUGUAUUAUGGCAGGAAAACGGGUACGGAUUUUAUCGAUAUUCGUGGUUAAUUGAGUUUCAAUAAAUUAAUACAACCUAUUUAAUUGCAUUUAUUUUCUCGCUCAGUUUACUUGUGUUCCAAGCAACAAAAACGAUUAUUCCUAUAACAAAUAUUCCUUAUGUUCUUUAUCACUACGUUAGUUUCUAUUAUUGUUCGUAUGAUUGUACUCUUUAUAAGAACUUCUUUUUAAAUUUCGGUUUAUGUAGUUUAUUCAGACGAAGAGAAUUGGAUGUACUGCUUCGGCGAUUCGACCUCAGACAAAGGUAUUAAAUGAUGAGCAGCUUUUUCGUAAUUAUAUAUAGUCAUCGAUAUGUGAUACUUAACGGAACUUCUGCAAUCUAAGAUUUAAAGUGCAUCUACAAGACUCAUACAGCUCUGGACGUGGCUGGCUAAACCAAUUGAUUGCUUAAUGUAUUAAUUCAUAAUUUACUGCAAAUAAGUGCAGCGUUAGUUGACCGGUAGCUUGAAAUAAUAUCUGACCAACUGUCAAAGGAGGUAGAAUUCUAGGAAAAGCCGAGUGUUUUUCUUCUCCGUUAAGUGAGAAUGAGAUAAAGAUACCUGACACGAAAUAUCGAGGUUAAAAUAAAUAUGUUAGGUGCCUCUCUACGGAGUCGCUUCCAAGAACUGAUAGAGAUAAUGGCCAUCAGCUAACACGGCAAACUCUCAGUCAGCUAACGCGGCACUACUACAUAUCAUUCCUAUGAAGUAUUUACUGCGGUUAUUGAUAACUUGAUAGUUCGUGAUGACAUCUCCUUCUGGUAAUAAUACAAGCAUAGCAGAUCGGCUAGAUAUCCUAGAAAAAUUAGAAGAUGGCAUGACUGUGAGUAGUAUUGCCUGUGAAUAUGGACUCAGUAACAGAACAAUACGACGAUACCGGCAGCACUCGAAGGCGAUUCGCAACUUCGCGGCGAAUCCAAAGUACCGGGAAAUGAAGAGACAACGGAUACCUAUAUAUACCGAUUUGGAGUCCAAAUUGUAUCGUUGGUUUCAGCAAAGAAAGUUGUUAGGAGACUGUUUAACAGAUAAUAUUUUAAUAAAUAAAGCUAAAGAAAUAGAGACAGAGUUUCCCAGUACCUCGAAUUUUAAAGCAAGUCGGGGUUGGCUACAGAACUGGAAGAAAAAAUAUGAUAUUGGCAAGAACACGACAGAUCCGAAUGAAAUCGCCGCGAAUAAUUUUAUACGUGAAUUUUUACAAAUACUAGUAAAAGAAGAUAUAAACGAAGAAGAUGUGUAUAACAUGGACGAGACUAGUUUACUUUGGAAAGCACUUCCGUGGAAGACAUUAGUUCACGAGGAAAAAUAUCUGAUCAUAAAAGGAGAAAACAGAAAAACAGACAUAGUAACUGUGGCAUUUUGUGCAAACACUAGCGGUACACACAAAUUGCCAUUACUCUUUGUAAAUAAAUUCGCAAAUCCCCGAGCAUUGAAACAUUGUAAGGAUAAGUUACCGGUGGUAUAUAAAAGUCAUUGUAAUGCUUGGGUUAACGAAGAUAUUUUUCGAGAAUGGUAUACUAAUCAUUUUAAGCAAAGUGUGAAAGAGCGCCAAUUACAGGAACAACGUAAAGGAAAAGUAAUAUUGCUCGUUGACAAUUUCAAGGCACACAAACUUGAAAAAAAGGAACUGGAUGAUGGCCACUUUAUGUUAAUAUUUUUACCACCGAAUACGUCCUCGUUGAUCCAACCUAUGGACCGAGGCGUAAUUACUCAAUGUAAAAAGAUAUUUCGGCUUGAACUACUUCGUCGGGUACUCCAGUAUAACGACGGACUUACACAGUUUUAUGCUGAUUACGAUAUUAAGGAUUGCAUCGAUUACAUUAGCGAAGCAUGGAAUAAUGUUACACCACAAAACAUUCGUAGUUGCUGGGUGAAAAUUCUUAACAGACAGUUUGAAUUUAAUAAUAUUAAAACAGAAAAUCCUACGGUCACCGAUGAACAGAAUGCAGAGCAAUCUAUCGACGUGAUGUCUGCUGAAGAAAUAACAGAGUGGAUUUCCGGAUGCGAACAGGCGGAAAUCAUUCCAGAGGAAACUGCAAUUUUGAAACAAAUUUGCAAAUUUGAAUCAUCUCCUUCUUUGAUAGAAGACGAAGAAAUUGAUCGUCUAUUGUAUAAUUUAAGGAUGCUGAGUAAAAUCGAACCAGAAAUUGAAGCCGAUGCAAAACGAAUAAUAGAUCAUUUUAACAAAAAGCAAGAAAGAUAAUAUUGUCCCUGUUAUUGUUAUCAUUAUUUUUACACCAGCGAUGUACCAUUUAAAUCGUACGUAAUACAUGGCCUAUCGUCAGAAGACUACUUCGAUAUAACUAUUGUUAUAAACGUUUAAUCAUAGCUUACAAAUUUCCAAGCUAUGUGACGUAUUAGAUAUAAUAUAUACAUAACACAAAAGUAUGUUUUUUGUAUUCAAGUAUGUGUAUCAUAUUUGUAGAUAUUUAUUAAGCAAAUACCAAAUAAUUUUAGUAUUCGUGAUAACUUACGUUAUUACUUAUUCCUGUUGCCAUGUUUUCUGCACUUCUAUUUUUAAAUCUUUACAUUUGUUUCCAUAUCUUUUUUGUAUUUUGUUAUUGAUUUCGUAAUAAAGUGUUCAUAA